AUGGGGGAUAUUUCAAUCUCCAAUGGGAAUCAUAUCAAUGGCAAUAAUAUUAGAGUUGGAGUUCAAAGAAAGAGUUGUUGGUAUGAGGAAGAGAUUGAGGAGAAUUUGAGGUGGUGUUUUGCACUCAAGAGUAUAUUGCACACAAGUGCCUCUCAGUACCAAGACAUCCAGCUCUUGGACACCAAACCCUUUGGAAAGGCUCUAGUAAUUGAUGGGAAGCUUCAAAGUGCAGAGAUAGAUGAGUUCAUAUACCAUGAGUCACUUGUGCAUCCACCACUUUUAAAUCAUCCAAAUCCAAAGAGCAUUUUCAUCAUGGGGGGAGGUGAAGAUGUUGUACCUUACUCAGCACAUAUCCCUUCCUAUGCAGACACUUGGGGAUGGGUCAUGGCAUCAGAUACUCCAUUGACACUGAGUGCUGAUGAAUUUGACCUGAGAAUAAAGCAGAGGAUUGAAGGGGAGAACAGAUACAUUGAUGGCAAAACAUUCUCAUCUGCAUCGACUUUGAGCAAAGCUGUCCGAAAAUCAUUAGAGAAUGAGACUCAUGUUUAUACAGAAGGGAAUGCAAGGUACAUUUAUGGACAUGGUGCUGCUUACAAACAGCAUUGA